AUGAUCUGCAAAUUCCUGUGCGGAGAAGACAAGCAGCUAUGCUGUAGAUACCUGAACUCCUUGAGACUUCCUGAUGGGUUGAUGCAAAGCUUGGUCCGGGGGUCCCCUUCUUCUCUUGUCCCCCCUAUUCCCAGAGAUGAAGAAGAGUUGGAUCAAAAGACGCUCUCAGAAAUCAGGACAUUCCCGGAGGGUCUUCGGACGCUUUACUCAUGCGAAGUAUUCCGCUCCUGCAGGAAACACAGCUAUGACUCUGAGCCAGGGGAGGAGGACACCGGAGGACCUCAGCUACAGCGGACAAUUCGGGCUCCAAACAACACACCCCUGGGGACCCCUUCAGGAGACUCAGAUACACUGCUGGCUAGCUCGCUACACACCACUCCCAGCACGCUAACUGGACUCUCGCAGACAGAUGAGUUCUCAGACUGGUCAGGCAGUCAACAGACGGUAGUAGAGAGGGACUCCAAGAAUGCCAGGCAAGGCUUCGCUCAGGGGGUGGGGGCUCGCCACCUGGGGGUAGAGCCCCUUAUCCCAGCCUCCAGCAACAAUCAUCCCGGCAGUGUCUGGGGGUCAGAGGUCAGCCUGUCAGGGUUCAGCGACCUGUAUAGCAGCGCCUUCAGCCUCUACCGGGGCAGAUCUUGUGCCAUCCGGGUUUUUUUACCAGAAGGGGGGCUGAGGCGAGGCAGCAUCAAUGGUGCUGUCCCAGACUCUCCCCGACCACUUCAGAGUCCCAGAACUCCUAUUCUACCUCCUCCUUCUCCCCGUCUAGGCCAAAGGCCGUCUGCCAAUCCUCUACCAAGCGGCCGUGGCCUACCCAACCCUCUCACACCAAGAAAGAAAACCCAGAUGCCUUCACAGUACCAAGACACAGUGGCUGAGGAGUUUGAGGAGAAGGUUAAGAGGCCAAAGUCCUCAGCCGGCUCUCAGGUCAGUGGUCAAGAGUCUCGCCCUCAGACGCCAGUCAGUGAAUCAUCAGGAAGAGUGUCCAUCUUGCGGGCAUCUCCAAAGCUGGUCCGUUCUGGCUCCAAAAUAUUUGAUAAGCUGCGCUGCCUUGAAGAAAGAAGAAAAAGCCUGGAUCAUACAGAUAGUCCAUUCCUCGUGCAGUCAUGGUUGCCCCUUCGUAAGGCAAGGUCCUUUGACUAA